CGCUCCGCCUUUGCAUCCCCCACUGAGCCCUUAGUAGCUGGCGUUGGCCCUCAGGUGGGAAGCGAGCUUUUUCCCUUCGGAGGCCUGGGGUCCCGCAGCCUCUACCCCACCUGUCCUGGCCUGGCGCUGCCCAGCGCGUCCGUGCCUCCGUCAUGGAUCUGAAUUUAAACCGAGCGGAUUAUUUACAGGUGGGAGUGACCUCUCAGAAGACGAUGAAGCUACUUCCUGCUUCAAGAUAUAGAGCCACACAAAAGGUGGUUGUUGGAGAUCAUGAUGGAGUAGUUAUGUGCUUUGGCAUGAAGAAGGGAGAAGCAGUGACAGUCUUCAAGACUUUACCUGGGCAGAAGAUUGCAAGGUUGGAACUAGGAGGGAUUCUUAACACGCCCCAGGAGAAAAUUUUUAUUGCUGCAGGAUCUGAAAUCAGAGGCUUCACAAAGAGAGGAAAGCAGUUUCUCUCUUUUGAAACAAACCUCACUGAAAGCAUUAAAGCUAUGCACAUAUCUGGCUCAGACCUUUUUCUCAGUGCAAGUUACAUCUAUAACCAUUAUUGUGACUGCAAAGACCAACAUUAUUACCUUUCUGGAGACAAAAUCAAUGACGUCAUCUGCCUUCCAGUGGAAAGAGUACUUCGUGAUGUACCAGUGUUGGCCUGCCAGGACAGAGUACUCAGAGUUUUACAGGGAUCUGAUGUGAUGUAUGAAAUUGAAGUUCCUGGCCCACCUACUGUUUUAGCCCUACAUAAUGGAAAUGGCGGUGACUCUGGAGAAGACCUUUUGUAUGGAACGUCAGAUGGAAAACUUGGGCUUAUUCAGAUCACUACAUCCAAACCAAUACACAAGUGGGAAAUUCGAAAUGAGAAAAAGAGGGGAGGUAUUUUGUGUAUUGACAGCUUUGACAUUGUGGGUGAUGGGGUUAAAGAUUUACUUGUUGGAAGAGAUGAUGGAAUGGUGGAAGUGUAUAGUUUUGAUAAUGCAAAUGAGCCUGUUCUACGAUUUGAUCAGACAUUGUCUGAGAGUGUCACAUCUAUCCAGGGUGGUUGUGUAGGGAAAGAUGGCUAUGAUGAAAUCGUGGUAUCCACAUAUUCAGGCUGGGUUACAGGUCUGACAACAGAGCCUAUUCAUAAGGAAAGUGGACCAGGAGAAGAACUAAAAAUUAAUCAGGAGAUGCAGAAUAAAAUUUCUUCUUUACGGAGUGAGUUGGAACAUCUGCAAUAUAAGGUACUACAGGAAAGAGAAAAAUAUCAACAGUCUUCUCAAUCAAGCAAAGCAAAAUCAGCAGUACCUUCAUUUAGUGUAAAUGACAAGUUUACAUUAAAUAAAGAUGAUGCCAGCUACAGCCUUAUCUUAGAGGUGCAGACAGCGAUAGAUAAUGUCUUAAUACAGAGUGAUGUUCCAAUAGAUUUACUAGAUGUGGAUAAAAAUUCUGCUGUUGUCAGCUUUAGCAGCUGUGAUUCUGAGUCAAAUGACAACUUUCUUCUCGCCACUUAUCGGUGCCAGGCAAAUACCACAAGGCUGGAACUCAAGAUUCGCUCCAUUGAAGGCCAGUAUGGCACACUUCAGGCAUAUGUGACUCCAAGGAUUCAGCCCAAAACAUGUCAGGCCCGCCAGUACCUUAUCAAACCCCUUUCACUCCAUCAAAGAACUCACUUUAUUGACCAUGACAGACCCAUGAAUACGCUGACUUUGACAGGCCAGUUCAGUUUUGCUGAACUUCACUCCUGGGUGGUUUUUUGCCUGCCUGAAGUUCCUGAAAAACCUCCAGCAGGAGAAUGUGUGACAUUUUACUUUCAGAACACCUUCCUGGAUACACAACUUGAAAGUACCUACAGAAAAGGUGAAGGAGUUUUUAAAUCUGACAACAUUUCUACUAUAUCCAUCCUAAAAGAUGUGCUCUCUAAAGAAGCUACAAAAAGGAAAAUUAACCUCAACAUAUCAUACGAGAUAAAUGAAGUAUCAGUCAAACACACAUUAAAGCUAAUCCACCCAAAGCUGGAGUACCAGUUGCUUUUGGCUAAGAAAGUGCAAUUAAUUGAUGCUUUAAAAGAAUUGCAGGUUCAUGAGGGAAACACAAACUUUCUGAUACCAGAAUAUCGCUGUAUCCUAGAAGAGGCAGAUCACCUACAGGAAGAAUACAAAAAGCAACCUGCACAUCUUGAAAGACUCUAUGGCAUGAUCACCGAUCUUUUCAUAGAUAAGUUCAAAUUCAAAGGCACCAAUGUAAAAACCAAAGUGCCUCUUUUACUGGAGAUUCUGGACAGUUAUGACCAAAAUGCAUUGAUUGCUUUCUUUGAUGCUGCAUGAAAUAUAAAUAAGGUAAAGUUCCAAAGAAGUUGUAUGUUUAAAUGAAAAAUGUUAAAACAGAAUUGCAAGCUAACUGUAUAUACUUUUAUUUCAAGUGCGUUUUUUAAUAUUAUCUAAAAAUAUAUGAGGUAUGACUUUUUUUUAGUAAUGCUUCUAUUUUUUUGACAAAUGGAACUUUUUAAAAAUAAAGAGAAUUU